AUGAAUAGUCGUCGUAGUUGUUUACUUAGCUGGUGCGAGUCAAACGGCGUUGAUUUGGAUGGUAGAUUGGAUAUAAGCGAUGAAAAGAUACUAUCAAACGAUUUUAUACUCAAAGACAGCGUUGUGGCGAGAAUACCCAAAGACUCUUUGCUUACGCUUAAAACGUCUACUAUUUCAACUCAACUCUCUCAGAUUCCACUCACUCACGUCGUAGCUCUCUCUUUUGCACUUGUCUUCGAAAUUCAAUCUGCCAAUCAAUCAAAAUGGCAUCUCUACAUACAAUCCCUACCCCUGACACCUCCAGAUAUUGCCUCUCUCUGGCCCUUUACGCCUGAAAUGGCUGGCACUGAACUGUGUAAGCGGUAUAGCAUGCUCAACUCGCAUCAAGGUAUAAGAGGCAGGCAAACGAAACAGAAGCUCAAAGAUACAUUCGACGCACACGCCUCAACGCUAAACAUCACAAGUACAUUCGAAGCAUUUCUAUACGCCUAUGCCAUUACUUCAUCACGAUUGUUUCAAGUUGACACACACCACCAAGUUGGUUUGGUGCCUGUUGCAGACCUUUUCAAUCACCUAGAAGAGCCUACUGUGGCUAUAGAGUCUGAUUUAGUUGUCUGCGACUGUUGUGGGUGGCUGAAUGGGUGUAUUCAGUCGCCAAAUACAGAUUAUCUCACCACUCCCCCGCAAACAUUGGAUAUCGUCACUACACACACCACUCAGCCCGCUGAAGAACUCUUCAACAGCUACGGUGACUCGCUCGAUAACGUGGACCUCGCUAUCGAGUACGGAUUCGUGUUGGAGGCUAACGAUUCUGACAGAGUCACUUUCGACGCGAUUCCACCAAUCUAUACUGUUCAAACGCUCCAAGACGACGAUCAGGAUCUCUUUGUGGCUCAUCCAGAUGCCUUUAUUGACUCACAAGCCAGAGUGUCUCUCGGUUUGUUCGGGGUGUGCGACACCGACGUUCUUAAUUUGAUUGUAUUGGCGUAUCAGCAAUCUGAGACUAUCACUGAUGGUUAUCUGCGACAAUUAAUUCAACAGCUCCUCCAAAGGAUAGACGAGAGAUUGGGAGAAUACCCACCGCAGGUUGACACCAAGGCAGCAAACCCUCUGCUCAUGCAGAUGCGCAAUGAUGAGCUAGGUCUUCUCCAAACUGCCAAAAUGAGAUUUGAUGGGCUGUUGUGA